AAGGUUAGCUCCGCCGUUUUCUCAGAGCGCUUUGCAGAAUCAGCCGGGAGCGGGCGGGCAGCGGAUCUUACAUCAGCCGUGAGUUUAAAGCUCGACGGAGUGACUGCGCCAGGGCUCGCUAAUAUCUGAUCUGGGAUCAGCAGAUGGGGGCAGGCCCGCCUCCUUCAGCCAGGACCAAACAGGCGCGCAGGAGCCGGGUGCAGCGGGAGCUAAAGGUCUGGCUCGGUGGUCGGUGUACGCGGCGGAAGAGAGAGAGAGGGCUAACCAGCGAGGCCAUGGCGGGGCGGUCCGCCCCUCACGAGCGGGCGAGAAGGAGGCAGACACGUCGAGAUAAUCGCUAAAAAAACACGAGAACAGCACCCUCGCCCCCUCGAUGCUCCGCGCGGUGUAACUGCGGGAAUGGCUCUCUUUCUCGCGUAGAGCGACGGCAGUUCUCCGCUGGAGCGCCAUCAGACGCCCUGCUCAGACUGGAGGACUCACAGUGAUGGUGGAGGAGCGGUGGUGCUGCGCCUGUUCCUGAUCUCUAGCUUCGUGUUUCAGCUCUGGACGAGCUUCAGAACUGUACAUUUUUACAGCACGGUCUCCGGUUUCUUCGCCCUGUCGACACUGCAGCUUCCCGACCGUGUUUCCCUGCUAAAACUCGAGCCGCGGGGCCGCAGUGCUGCUCGCGCCCCCCGGUCUGAGAGCGAGAGCUCUGCGCUGCACGGACUCUGCAGGAGUGCAGGAGGAUCGGGGACGAGCAGCCUUAUCUGUCCUGUGUGUUUUGCAGUGGACGCGUUGUAUUGUUAAACAGUUGCUCUGUCCACACCAGCAGCGCAGCAGUAGAUUACAGGUCGCGUCCAGGGAAACAUACCUGCCAUGUACGUGGCCAGUAAGAGAAAAACCUCAAGGCCACAAAUGAAGGCCCAGACAGCAGAAGUCUCAAAAAUAAUGGAGAAAGCGGUUGCAGCAAGUGGGAAUGUUCCAUCAAUGAAUGAGGAGACAAGCUCCCAAAAGAUAAAGAGGACAUAUGGCAGAAAAAAGUAUUAUGAUCUGCAGCCAGUCUCCAUCGGUCCCACAGAAGCUGGAUCUAGUAGUUCCUCAGGUGUCAAUGCCAACUUGAUCAAUGGAUCUGAAGUCCAGCCAAUUGCUACUGGUCAUGCCACCACAUGCAUAAUAGAGGGAAAAGUUGGCUCCAAUAUUGAGAUUUUGAGGGAAACAGAGUUUGAGAUGAAAAAGAAACGUAAAAUGGAAGAAGUUGGCCAGACUUCUCUAAAAAAGUAUAUUGAAGAAGUGAAACAGACAGUUCCUGUCAUAGUCCCUGUGGCUCAGUAUACUCAAAGGACUCCGUCAACUAGCAGUGCGGUUCCCCAGAGUUCUUUUCCCUACUUAAAGAAAGAGGUACCUGUUUAUCCUCCAGGAAGUCAAGAGGAAAGGUGGCAGCUGCAAAUUUUAGCAAAGGGCAGAGUCACCUGUCCCAAAUGUAAAAGUGUAGGGAGGAAAACAGUGGAGGGCCUAAAGAAACACCUGGCAACCUGCAAACUGCAUUACUUCACAUGUCAACAUUGUGGAAAACAGCUGAAGACCUCAACAGGGAUGAAGUACCACCUCAUGGCUGACCACAAUAAACUGCCCACGCCAGAUGAUGGGAAUGGAUUGGAUGACCAGGCAGUAAAAGAGAAGUUAAGAAAAGUGUUGAAGAGGAUGGGGAAAUUAAAAUGCUCAAAAGAGGGAUGCACAGGCAGCUUCACCAGUAUAAUGGGCUAUGUAUACCACAUGAAAAAGUGUGGUAAAGAGGAGUCUGAGCUGGAGAAGCUUCUAAUGAACUGCAAGCACUGUGGAAAGCCUUAUCGCUCGAGAGCAGGGCUGGAGUACCACCUUAAGUCUGAGCAUGGACCGGCAUCUCCAGAGUCAGCAGCUGAGGACUUCGGAGUCCAAGUGGAACCCAGCACAGAGCAGGCAUCUAGUGGCAGGGUCAAGCGCUUGUCAGCUCAGGUGGCCAUCUUUCACUUACGUGAGAUUGCCAAUGAGGAGCUACUUAAAGAAUGGCCUAAGAGGAAGGUGCAGCGGGACCUGGUCCCUGAUGACAGGAAGCUGCGAUACUCUCGUCCUGGAUUACCUGCUUUCAGCCAGGAGGUCUUGAGAAAGUGGAAGAAUGAAGUGAAACUGCAAAGAAAAGUGCAAUGUCCCAACAAGGGCUGUGGUUGCUAUUACACAAGCGUGUCGGGUCUGAAGGCUCACCUUGGACUUUGUACACUGGGGGACUUUCAUACAGGAAAGUAUAAAUGCCUGAUCUGUAAGAAAGAGUUCAACUCAGAGAGUGGAGUGAAAUACCACAUCAACUCUGUUCAUUCGCAGGACUGGUUUGUGGUUACUUCUAAGGCCAAGACCAAGGCCUCCCCCUCUGACAGGCAGCUCAAGUCCAAAUCCAAGCCCAUGCCCAAGUUCCACAGCAUGGAUGACCCCUGCAUUCCCAUGCCAAACACAGCCCUUCGGUUCCCGCAAGGCCCUUGUUCCUGGCAGGACACGCAAGCUCCAGCAGAGGACAUGUCCAGCGAGACGGCACAACCAGAAACAUCAGAAGGGAAGAGGAAGGAGGAUAGACCAGGCAGAAAAGUGAAAAGGAGCAGCCAGGAAAAACUCUGCUUUGAGUACUGUGCCAGUGAAGGCCAUAGCAGUAGCAGUGGAAGUUCCAGCAGUGAGUCAGAAGCAGAGGAUGCGGAGGCCUCCAGCAAUGAUGUCUGGACUCUGAAAAAGCCUCAUGCUCCACCCAAGUAAACUUGAAGACACCUUCUGAACUCUUGUGCUUGUCCUUACAACACGUUUUCUUCAAUUAGUUUUAAAGUAAAGCCUGUAGAACAGUGUAUGUACUGCAGUGCCUGUCAUAUUACAAGGGUGACUUCACAUGUGAAAUUUGUUGGUUAAGGAAAAACGCAUUCCAGAUGCUUAACUCACCUCAUUGUUACACAGUUAAUGGUGCUCACGUAGCCUAAACCCUGUGGUUAGCAAAUAACUACAGUUUAGGUAAUGGUAUUAUUUGUGCUAGAGAUACACUGUUAUGCUAGGGAAGGCCUAUUUCAGUUUACAUUACAGCAAAACUAGCUGGUGUCCAGUUUAAUUUCUGUUUCCGUUUUGUCUAAUUUUAUUUUAAACUAAACAGAAGCUGACUGCGUGUUCUAAAAAUACAUAAACACGUUUUAUAAUUUGGCAUUUUAGUACACACAAGUAUUCAGAUGCAGUGUAAGAGCACUGUCAUGCUCAUCAUGUUAAAAAUAAAUGACAUUAUUUCCAAAUGUUUGAAGCAGACAUCCUCUACGUCCCUGAAUUCCUAAUUCUUUGUAGGGUACAAAUUGCUCUGGAAUAGAUCACUUGUACAUAUGUGAAAUCAGCCUUAGUUUGAUGCAGUGUGUUUGGAGUUUGUGUGAGGUCUGUAGGUAAUUAGAAAAGAGGCAUGUGUUGCAGAACUACCAAAUGUCAGUGUUCACCCAGAAAACACACAAGCUCUUGUAUUUCUUAAUAACAAUUCAGUUCUUAAUGCUUUAAAAGCCUUUGCUUAUUCUUUGCUGACUUUGCUUCAACAACUCCAUAGUAAAACCAGAGCUUUAAAGUUUGCUGCUGCUGUGCAGACCUUGUCCUCCCAGUACCUGUGUAACCAAUUGCAUGUUACAUUGUUUAUACAGUGCUUUGUGAGUUUGUCAAAAGGAGUUUGUUAUGUGAUGUAGACUAAGAACUUCUUGUGAUUAUCAGUUUUUGUAUUUGUAAAGAUAUUUUACAGUAGCUUUGAGUUAUACUGUAAAGACACAUUCUCCAAAGGCUGAGUUGCUAAUUUGCUUUCAUAUCUAUGUGAUUAGUAUAUGAUUAAAGAGAUUAAAUGUCCACAAUAACUUUUUAAUAACAUUACACUUUAACAGUGAAGUGUCAUUUGUGAAUACUUUAUUAAUGGGUUUAUGAUAGACAAACAUUUAAAGUUAAAAACAGGUGUAUAAAUGAACUGUAUAGAAGGUACAUUAAUAGAACAUUUUUAACAUGUUCUGUAAUUCUUGUGACUUUAAGUAAAAUUGCAUGAAAAAUGAAAAUCCACCAUGAUCAAAAUUCAUUCAUUUUCCUUGAUGUAGGCUUUUAUCCUUGGUCUACAAAUAUAUAAGAAAUAUAAACUGACAUACCAUAUGUCAUAGGACUAGUAUUGUGAACCUUUUGUCAUAUCCCAAAAAAGAUAAAAACUGUACUGACAUGUGGGAUAUGUGUGUGUGGUCUCCUGCAUAGGUGUCAAGUCACUUGUCUGUUAGCACCAACAGUUCUACCCAGACAGGGCUCUAGAGUGCAACCUAAUUUGUCAAUGGUGCGACUAAAAAAACUCUAUGACUCAUCAGCAGUCUGUUAGCCUAGCAAGCAAUCCACAUAGCAUAUCAAACCACAGGACCAAACCACUCUAACCAGCACAAACACAUCCACCUAAAACAGUGAUUAAUUCAGCUCAGAAAUACCAUUAGCGUUGUGCUAAUCUGCUGUUCUGGACUUCAUUGUAAGGGUCCUCAGGUCAGCUUUUAUACGUAUAGUUUUUUUGUUUGUUGUUGUUUUGUUUUAUCCAAAAUAUGUUAAAAUAUAAAAUUCUCUUAAUAUGCGCAUCUGAUUUUAAGCAUGUUAGGCAGGGCUGGUAUAUUGCAACAUAUUUCAGCCACUAAUGUAAAAAUGCUUUAGUAUAGUUAUUUUUUAGGACAUAUUUGAGCAACCUGACCAUCUUUAAUACAUUCUUUGUCAUUGCAAAUUACGGAACAUCAUACUAUAAAAACUGGUCUAGUGUUGUAGAAGAUAUACAGUACAUCUGUUACCGACUGAUGUUCAUUACAGUCUGCUUCCGUCAGUUCACUGUAUUCAAUCCGUGCAGAAACUUCAGAACACUAUAGGUUUUUAUAGUCCGGCAGUUGCAUAUAGUGCGUAUUGGAAUUUUUUUAUAUUGACCACAAUUAACAAAUAUAUUUUGACAAAUUUUGGCCAUAUCGUCCUGCACUAACCUGUAGUGAAAAGGACAAUCUACAGGAGCUGGCUAUCCGAGGGGCAUGUGACAGCAAUGUAGAAUAGCCCACAAGACAUUGAGCCGGCUAUGAGAUGUUCAGUUUGAAGACCUUAAAACACUGGCACUUUUAGAUUUUUUUUUAUUUUUAUUUUUUAUAAAUUUCAGCUUAGGGAAGCACUUUAAGCACCAACACUUUUCAGUAAGUUAUCUUUCUUGUAGGAUUGUGUUUCAAAUAAAGAACUUUAUGUUGA